ACAGUGAUUACGUGGUUCUAGAGUGGGAAGAGGCGGUAGAAAUUAUAAAUGGGAAAGCGAGGGAAGAUUGAUUGGGAUGAUUGGAACAUCUUCAAUUCUUCAUUGCGUUGAUUAGGAUAGUGCUUAGCAGGAGAGAAGAGAUGGGGGUCCACCAACACAAGUAGUGGCGAGGAGCUGGCAAACAGACUGUGUCACACGAACCCCCCUCUCUUAAGCCCAACCAACUUUGUUCUCAUCUAUAAUAUAUAUCCCCAUACUUGAUUUCCUCCUACUCAUUCUCUACUCUGCACAUACACUCACACAUACUUCUCCCCUCUAUAUGGCUGAAGAGACUGUCAAGACCGAAGCAUCUGAGGUUCUGGUGGCUGUCAGUGAUGUUCCCCAGGCUGAGGAACUCACUGCACCACCCGCUUCUGUCGAGGAAACCAAGAAUAUCGUUGAGUCAGCUUCCUUUGAAGAAGAGACCAACGUGGCCCAUGAGCUUCCUGAUCCCCAGAAGGUUGCUCUAGAUGAACUCAAGCAGCUUGUCAAGGAAGCUCUUGAGAAACAUCAGUUCACUACUCCCGAGGCCCCGGUUUCUGAACCGGAGCCGGAGGAGGUGGUUCAGUGUGAACCGGAAGCUGCGGUUGUGGACAAGGCGGAGACUGUUCAUGAGGACGGUGUUAAGACAGUGGAAGCGAUUGAGGAAACGGUUGUGGUGGCUCCGGAGGAGCCUGUUGUGGAGGCUCCUCCGUGUGAGCCGGCGGUGGCGGGGCCAGAGGAAGUUUCCCUGUGGGGAAUUCCUCUCUUAGCUGACGAGCGCAGCGAUGUGAUUCUGUUGAAGUUCUUGAGGGCCAGGGAUUUUAAGGUAAAGGAGGCGUUUGCGAUGUUGAAGAGCGUGGUGGCAUGGCGAAAGGCGUUUGGAAUUGAGGAAUUGCUCCACCAGGAUUUGGGAAGUGAGUUGGAGAAAGUUGCGUUUAUGCACGGUGUUGAUAAGGAAGGUCAUCCGGUUUGUUAUAAUGUGUUUGGGGAGUUUUCGAAUAAGGAAUUGUAUCAGAACACGUUUGCUGACGAUGAGAAGCGGACUAAGUUUCUGCGAUGGAGAAUUCAGUUCCUGGAGAAGAGUAUUAGGAGGCUUGAUUUUAGUCCUGAUGGGAUUUCUACAAUUGUUCAGGUCAAUGAUCUUAAGAAUUCACCGGGCUUUUUCGCGAAAGAGCUUCGACAGGCAACUAAUCAGGCUCUCCAAUUGCUUCAGGACAAUUAUCCCGAGUUUGUAGCCAAACAGGUGGUCGUCAAUGUUCCUUGGUGGUAUCUCGCGUUCUACAGGAUGAUCAGUCCUUUCUUUACGCAAAGAACCAAGAGUAAGCUUGUAUUUGUUGGACCUUCCAAGUCUACUGAAACUCUUUUCAAAUACAUAUCACCCGAGCAACUGCCAGUUCAGUUUGGUGGACUUGGUCGGGAAGGUGAACAAGAAUUUACCAUUACUGAGGCUGCGACAGAGGAGAUCAUGAAGCCGACAUGCAAGCAUACAAUUGAAAUCCCAGUAACAGAGACAUGUGUUUCAAUUUGGGAGGCUAAAGUUGUCGGAUGGGAUGUAUCCUAUGGUGCUGAAUUUGUACCUGUUGAGGGAUAUACAAUCAUCAUACAGAAGUCAAGAAAGAUGGGAUUGAGUGAUGAACUGGUGAUCUGCGGCAGCUACAAAUCCAGCGAACCUGGUACACUGAUCCUCACUUUCGAUAAUCAAACCACCAAGAAGAAGAAGCUCCUCUACAGGUCCAAGAACAAACCCGCUGAAUGAGCUCUGCUUAUACAACGAAUGUUCAUUGUUGGGAUUCCAAAUUGAGUCGCUAAUUCUUACAACAAUGAACAUGAAAAUCAUAACCGGUCCUUUGUCAAUUUUCGCCUCUGCAGUUUAUAUUUCUUGUUGAUUUUUUCAUUUGUUAAUGAAUUCUCUUCAAUUUUGUUGUGGAAGGAGUUUGUUGUUUUGUUCUACUAAGUUUACACAUGGAAUGUGUAUGUAAAGCUUACUAGUUGCCAGUCCUGUAAUACACGUAUGUUUUUAUAAGUAUUAUGAUGAUCGCAGUUUAUGGUA